AUGGCAGAUGCUCUUUGGAGGGCAGCUCUCCGCUGGGAGAAGGAGCUAGCAGCUAUCUUUCAGGACCAGGAUGCAGGCCGUAACCUCGAGCAUGCAGUAUCACAAUUGCGCGAAGCAUAUGUAAACAUUGUCUUUGUCGACCUACGCUUUGCGCUCGAGCAGGAUGUCGAGGGCCGCAUCUGGAACAAACACCAUAAGAUCAUUGAACGAUACAGGAAUAUCCUAAACCAGUUCCGAGAGGCGAAUGGGAUGAAGAAGCCCGUAGAGCUGCGCAAGCUGCAGAUCGCAUACAUCAAUUUCAUCAAGCAGGCCUCCCGCUUCUAUCGCGGCUUCAUUCAGCGUCUGGUCUCACACUACGGUGUGCUGGAGCUGGACUGGGUGGUCCGGAAGUUCCAUCUUUCCAGUACGUUCCAUGGGGUUUCCUUGCUCAGGUCCGGACAUGUGGCUAACCUUCCUGCUGUCGAUAUCCCCUCGGACGCACCCACCGGCAGCUGUGAUAUCGACACAAAGAACAACGUAAUCCGUUCGUGCCAUCGCACUCUCGUGUUCCUGGGCGACCUGUCGCGGUACAGAGAGGCGCCCUCUACAGGCCCAAAGAACUGGGGCCCGGCAACGGGGUAUUAUACGCUCGCAAAGAAGCUUGUACCUUCGUCUGGGUCGCCGCACAACCAGCUUGCGGUCAUAGCCUUGAAUGAGGGGUCGAAUCUCUCGGCGACCUAUCAUCUUUACCGUGCACUCUCUGUUGCGGAGCCGUUUCCCGAGGCGGGCGAUAAUCUGGGAUUGGGGUUCAGGAAGGUUCUUAAAGCUCAUAAGGCUGGGAACUUGGGGACCAAUCUGGUGAGGAAAGAGGAACAAGCGGUUUGUGAACUAAUUGCGCUGUUCGUGAGACUUCAUGCGAAAUGUUUCAUCGGGAAAGAGUUCUCGGAAUAUGAAGCACUAGAAAGCGAGAUGCUGACGCAGCUUGCUCUUGACUUGAAAGAACGUACAUUGUCGAACGGCAUGUUGAGCAAGCUUGUCCUUAUUAACAUCGCUGCCCAGUUCUAUGCAGCAGAGAGAUCAAAAGAACGUGGGUUUGCUCGUGCCCAUGCUAGUUUUCUCCGUUUAAAUAUUACUACAUUCACUACUCUCCACCAAGUCUUCCAGCCGGAGCUUGAGCGUGCAGUGGGCGAUAAAACAGAUAACGAUGCCCAAAAUGUCUCGGCAGUAGGCAGGCGAAUGCUUCCUGGACUGAGGCUAUAUUCGACCUGGUUACGUGUGUGCCAUCAGACUCUCACUGACCAAUUGGCGGAUACGUCCAUGUCUGUUUUGAUUAAACAGCUUUGGCAAACAUAUGCAAACACAUUAUCCCUUCUUGCGGCAACGUUUCCAGUUGAGCGUUUGCAUCAUUUGGAAUAUCUUCUUGAAGAGGAUGAUGAUACUAUUGGAUUUCUACCCUUUGAUGCGAUCAAUGGGGCCAAGAAAUUUAAUUGGGAAAAUGAAUCAACGUCGCAAGCACAUGCACAUCCUAACGAAGAAAUGCUUGCAAGGAUAUUAUUCCUGCUUGAAGACGGGGGUCAGCUAUGUAGAGAAGAGAAUGUUCCAAUCACCGUAGUUAAUGGAACAAUAACUUACCAAGAGGACGGUAUCCUCACUAGCACUCCAUCUAUAGGAAUGAACUCUCUCUACCGGACCUCGGCGGUCCCACCCACUUAUGAAAGGAUGGGAACCCCCGAUAUCUCCAACAUCCCACACAAAAACACAUUCCAAUCCCGUGAGGACGAAUACUCAGACGACGAGAAUGACGUCCCCCGUGCCGCCGAAAGUGUCCUUGCGCAUGGCGGCACAAGCAUCAUUGAGUCCACAGCAGGCUCUGAAACCAUGAGUAUCAUGAACAGAAUGGUCGACUCUCUAGUGGGUCCACGUGAAGACCCGUCAUCUGAAGAUGACGAAGAAAUCCUCUUUUCCGGCAGAAGAAAGAAGAAGGAAGCGCGACGCCGUGCGGCUGCUCGCAGGGAUAGCAAAGAUCAUGAACGCCACGAUGGCAUUCCAGAAAUGCCGAGGAUGAAGACCCCCGAGUCAAUUCUCAACCCGAUAAGAAAAUCACCAACAGUGUCGACACCGACAAAUCUCUACACUGCAAAAGACCUCGCUGCCAUUGUGCAGAACUUUACAGCGACACAUCAACCACCUCACUACUCCUCGGCCCAUUCACAGGAACUUCCUACCACGCCGACACAUUCUCAGAAGCAACCCCAAAUCACUACCGCCGGUAUGAACUCCCCUAAUAUCGUUACCGCGGUUUCAGGGUCUCCGGAUUGGAUGCUUCCCCAAAACAACAAAUCUCCUGUGUUGCCUGCCAUGCCCGAACAGCCCGGCCUUUUCUUUGAUAGUAGUGACAAGAUGCAACCCCCGCACCCGAGUUCUUAUAUAUCGUACCAAGGAACUCCUGCGAGUUGGGGUAGUCCUCACCACAAUAGUCAUGAGUUACCACCGAAUAGCCAAGGCACAGUAUUUGGAAGCCAUGGAUCCCCUUCAGUCUUUUCAAGGGUCAGGGACAGGGAAUAA